AUGGAUCUAUGUUGCUGCGCACCAUGUAAACCUCGUUACAGGAGACUUGUCGAUGAUAUAUACUUAAGAUCUGGCACUGAUGGAUUGCAUAAAUCCAACAUGCAGAAACUCACAUUUUAUGUUUUGUCACAGCCAGAAAAACUUGAUAGAAUUGGAGAGUACAUUCUACUAAGGCUUUCUCGUGAUCUUUACCGACAAAGGUAUACUCAAGUGAAGGUUUCGGUGGAGGCGAUGGAUCAGUUAUUACAAAGUUGCCAUGUACUUUCCAGUCUGAAUCAGUUUAUUGAAAGCUUUCUCAAAAUGUUACAAAAGCUUUUGGAAACCAACAAUCUGGCAAUGGAAAAAUUGGCUACGGAUUCAUUUGUUAACUUUGCAAACAUUGAAGAGAGUACACCUGCAUACCAUCGCGAAUAUGAUUUUUUCAUUGCGAAAUUUGCUGCUAUGUGUUUUUCUAAUGAUAGCAAGGAUGCGAGGGCAAUUCGUUACGCAGGUUUAAAGGGACUGAGAGGUGUUGUUUGGAAAUCUGCUACAGAUCCUUUACAAGUUAGUAUUUGGGAGAAGCAACAUAUGUGUAAAAUUAUUCCUGCAAUACUUCUUAAUUUGGAAGACAAUGAUGAUAGAGAGGAAAAAGAUGAAGGUCAUGGAGAUGAACAGCCUUCGCCUUUCACACAGUCAUUUGCCUCUGGAAUAGCUGAAAGUCCAAAGGCUCUUUCUGAUCAGUUUCUGAGAGAGCUUAUGGAAAAAGCGCCAUUCGGGUUGAUAUCGGUUAUUGAACCUGUUCUGUCUCAUUGUGAUAGCCAUGGAAAAUGGAAACCGCCAGCCAACUUUGCAACACACGUCUUUGGUGCAAUAAUGUUCAGUAUCAAGGAUCCCAGUUUUGUUAUCCAGGCUUUGAUCAAUCAUUUGGAAACAAAGUCAAAUUCGGAUGCUUCAAUUCGUAUCGGUAUUGCUACCGUGCUAUCCAGUAUUGUUUCCAGAGCAAACGCAUGCAUUGGGCCGUCGCUUUUAGGCAUUUUUAACUCACUACUCAAACACUUGCGACAGUCAGUAGAGUUCCGUCACUCGAAGGAAUGCCCAUCGAUAAAAGCUGAAGAAGAUUAUCAAAAUACGCUAAUUAAUGCUAUGGGGUACUAUGCUAAUGCUCUUCCAGAUUACCAAAAGGUCGACAUAAUGAUGUUGAUUGUCGAAAGUAUUCCAAAAAUAUCAGGAACUUAUCCGAACUUAACAGCUGCGGAAAUGUAUUUACGAAGUGUCUUGGUGAAAACUCUCCUCAGAGUCGCAACGAAAUAUAAGACUGCAUAUUUCUCUGCGGUUUUUACUGAUUCUUUCUUGAAGACAUUAUUGCAGCUUGCGGUAAUUAAUGAACCUAGUGUUAGGCUAAAUACCCAAAGUAUCUUCCACACACUUUUAGAUAGGCACGAUAAUUUAAGUUUGUUGGCUCAUUUGCCGUGUUUGACAGAUGUUGACAAUCAGCCACUUAUUCACCGAUGUUCACGCGCAGAUCAAAUUUUCAUGAGAAGCCAUAUAACUUCAUUUACUCACAUGUUAUACAAGAAUGUUUUUUUGAGCCCGGAGGACUCCACGUUAAGUGAACACAUAGAUGCUGCAUUGUGUACGAUGGCCUUGUUAUGCGUAGAAGCUCGAUGCGACGAAGUGUUAGUCGAACUUUUACGCCUUGUUUUUGCAUUGCAAAGUGCGGCGCUUGAAUCGGUUUUCAAUACUCACAAAAGAAUUCUCGUCCAUAGUCUGGUUUCGAAAUAUUUAAAUUUUUCUAGUCUUCUUAUGGCUGUUCCCUCAGUUUAUCAGUACGUUCAACGUGUUUUAAAACAACGGACACAUCUAGGUGCCUCUGCUCUUAACAUUUUAUCUGCUUCUCGUGAAACUACGGAAGUCACAAGGUUCGGUAGAAGGGAAGUCCAUGAUGAAGCUCUAGAAAAACAGUGUCUCAGGAAACUUGUUGAUGAUCCUUCCUUAACUUUUAAUAGGAAUGAUUUUGCGGAAAUGUUAAAGGCGUCGGGUAAAGAUGUCCAACGUUUAUCUUUACCAUUUGCUUCUAAAGGAAGAGGCAUCAAUGUUGACGGAGUUGAAAACUCAUCUGAUAACACUCAAAACGCACUUUUGAAAAUUAGACAGAAUAAUGUAGAUGAAAGUACCUUUUUGAUUGACACUAGCUUUGAAACGUCACCUCCUGGUUCGAGGACCACUUCAAGAAGAAAUACAAUUUUGUCAAAUUUUGAAAACGAAAAUAAUCUGCCGUACUUAACUGUUGAUAGCUUAAGAAAAGCUUUAAACUCGUCGUCAGACUUAGCUGAAAAGGAAAGAAUUGAAAAGGAGAAAACUGUACGAGUGGUGGAGAGGUUUAGAAAAAAAGAUUUUGAUUAUCUUGUUAAAGAAGUUGAACGAGUUAACGAAAGAGCCGAUUUAUCAACAGCGAUUAAGCGGCUUCUGCAAAAAAGCGACGAGAACAUCAUAACUGAACAACCGAAAAGUAUAUUUGAAGUCAAUUUUCCAUGUGCACUGGUGGAGUAA